AAAGUUUCGUUUUGAGUUUUUCUUCUCAGCCGCUGUGUUUGCACUUUGAUUUUGUAAAAUUUACUCUAAUUUGUUAUGAGCGGCAGGUUUUAUGUGUUAUUAAGUUAAUGAGAAGACUCGUUGUACCCUUUUAGACCAUUUAACUUACUUAUAACUAGUGUUUUCUUCAUUUAACCGUGAAGACAUCAAGCCCUAACUUAGAUUCUUAGAACGGUCCGGUUCUUUACUUUAUGUGAUAUUUUCACUGUAUUAAUAUCAGGUUAUUAUCGACCUGUCAAGUAGACAUUUUUUUCGUCAAACUGUCUUCACCAAUUCGCAAAAUAGGAGACGAAAAUCCGUUCAAGUUCUCUAGUUUUAUAACGAGUCUGCCACCUAUAGGUGGUAGAGCGAUGCCGCGCUGCAGUAAACGCACGCGCAGCAGUGCGCCGGCCGCCGAUCUAGUGCCGGGCACCACUACUCUGGAAGAUCAUCAUCACCACAAACGCUCCCGCAACUCCAGCUCACGAAGACAUUCCAAAACUGAAGACACCAGUUUUAGCCCCAAGAAAUGUUUAACAUGGUUCAAAGAAUACACAACAGUCUCAGAGCCAGAUGUAUUAGGACCUGAAGGCAUGGAAAAGUUUUGCGAAGACUUACAUGUAGAUCCAGAAAAUGUUGUGAUGCUGGUCAUUGCAUACAAAAUGGGUGCCAAACAAAUGGGAUUUUUCACACAGGAAGAGUGGAUCAAAGGUCUCACAGAGCUGCAAUGUGACAGUGUGGUCAAACUGCAAAACAAAUUAGAAUAUUUACGCUGUUUACUCAACGACCCAUACAUAUUUAAGGCUGUAUACAGAUAUUCAUAUGAUUUUGCUAGGGACAAAGACCAGCGAUCACUGGACACGAGCACGGCGCGCGCGCUGCUCGGCGUGCUGCUGCCGCGCUGGCCUCUGCGCCCGCAGCUCACGGAGUUCCUGUCGCGCGAGCGGCGCUACCGCGUCGUGAACCGCGACCAGUGGUGCAACAUCCUGGAGUUCAGCCGCACCGUGGACGCGCAGCUCACCACCUACGACGCGGACGGCGCCUGGCCGGUGAUGCUGGACGAGUUCGUGGAGUGGCUGCGGGCGGAGCGCGCGGGCGGCGCCACCAUGCUGGCCAGCUGAGACACUGCUUCUGAACCUGUUGCGGUUUCGUCGCGCGAGUCUCGCCGCGUGUCCGUGUGAGGCGCCCGUCGGCGUGCGGCGACUCUCUGUGUCUAUUUCUCUACACUGUAUCAUAUAUGAUUUUUUCCACCUACAUUGUUAGUGUAUUCAUGUAACGAGUCCUUUGCGGCAUACUUCAUGUUAAGUUGUAGCCUCUAUAAGCAUAUAAUACUGCUGGGAUAUUUAAUCACAGAUUUAUAUUUAGCUAGACACCGAUUCUUGAUCCAUUAGUAAUGUAAUCCAACCGACUGUAUUUUUUGUGACUUUGUGAUUAUUAUCUGAUAUCCAAAAGUAGAAAAAGCAUUUAAAACGCCACAAUAGUUGACAGAAAAUCGAUCCUAACCUAACAUUUAGGAAUGAAAACCGGGUUUUCAUUGAUGCUCUGCUCCUAUCUGUUGUACCCUUCCUCAGUAAAUGGGAUAUACAAAAGAGUUUUUCAAUUUGAACCAGUAGUUUAUAAGGUUAGCACGUUUAACAGAACAAACGAACUUUUUACCUUUAUAAUACCUAUCAGAUAACAACACCUGGUUCAAUACAUAAAAUAUCUGUAGAAUAGUGUUUUUGUGGUAAAUCCUUAAUAUUUUCUUUAGAAAUCAAUUGAAUGUCAAUGUAGAUGAUGAUGAGGAUAAUUAAUAUUUUUGUUGGAAUUUUUGCAAACGCAAUAGAAGCACUAUCGAUGAAAUUGUUUUGGGGGUAGGUGUACGACAAGAUUUGCGGUAUCUAGCUAAAUAAAAGUCUGCGGAUAUCACUUCCUCAAAUGCUGAUGCUAAUUAAUGUAGUGCCGAAUUGGACUUCUUACCUGAAACAUAAUAUAAAUAUACUUAUAUGGUGUUCGCUCGACACGUUCUGAACCCGAUACUGGCCUAUAAGAAAAAAAUCCUCAAUAAUACAUGAAAAUUUUCAAAUAAAUACAAUUUUAAAAAUAAAUAAAAUUCAAUAUUAAUUUCAUUUUCAUCAGAUAUAAUUCAAUGAUUAUUAUUGUAUGUAUUGUAUAGACUUACGAGUAUAGUAAAGUCUUUAUAUGGUAACACAGAAAAGUUUUCAAUUUACAUAAAUAUAAAUCAAUUUAAUAUUUAUUUAGAAGUAAUUGUUUGAAUAAAAUGUUUAUUUUUUUCAAAAUAACUCAUUUGAAAUUUUAAAACAUGGAUGACUAGGAAAAAUAGGAGAAAGUUAAGUUAAAUAGUAAAAUUUUUAUUAUUUUGUUUAUUUUUUAUAAUUAUGUAACUUUCGAUGUUUAGUAAUAUUCUUAAAAGUUAGGCGGUUAAAGUGGUCAAAUAUUAUAUAAUUUUUUGACAUAAAAGUGUCAAAUACAUACGUCAUGUAAAAUAAUAGAAUUUGCUGUUAAAAAAUGUCUCUCAAUAUAACGACUUUCCUAAAAUGUAUAUUUUUAUCUGCCGAGAUUUGUUGCACUCCUUUCAGUAAAAUUUCUGAAAGCAUUCUGAGCCUAUGUUUUUUUUUUAAUUACAUCAAAAAUUAUAUUUUUUUUUUCAAAGAGUGUAUGUGAAUUUAUUUAUUACACCAUAACUUCAAAAUUUGAGUUCUAUGAGUUUAUUACUUUAUAGAACAUUUCAACUAAUUAUUUUAUUGUUUAAUAAUCAUUGUGGCUAUAAUAAAAAAAAUACUCGUUUUUGUAGCUAUUACAGUUUUUUUGUUUUAAUUUUCGUAUAUCUUGUAAGUGAUGAACAUUUUAUUUCGCAUUUUGUAUUCAACAUGCAUAUGCACGGGUUACAGUUUGAAUACAUGCAUGUUUGGGUUAAAUCCCACAGAUUGUAUUGUAUUAAUUGAAAAUGUAAUAAAUUUAUUAACACGACCAAACGAAGGUAUACGUAAUAAAAUAGAAUGAAAUAUAUUAAAUACAUUAUUAAGUAUUAUUAAACUCUGUAUUAAAUACAUUGUAAAUUAUUCAAUGCAUUUGCUCAGAAUAAUAUGCUUACUUCAGGUAUAUGUGCAAAAUACAAUAAAUAUAUAAAUAACAGCAUUUUUUAUUAAUAAUAAUUUUAUGCACCACCUUAUAUAAACUAAGACACAAAGGUCUAACUAUUUGGGUUCAGAAACGAUUACUUUAUGUGAAUAAUUAAUACACCACAUUGUAUUUUCCUUAAUUUUUGUAAAUCUUAUAUAUUGAAUAUCAUUAAAAAUUGUAUGCAAUCUAAUACUCUGAAUGUAAAGAUUAAUUAAUAUGUAAACCCUAUUACGGAACUGCAAUGCAAUUAAUGAGCGAUCGCAUUCAUACAAAAAAGGCGGGAUGGGACAAAAAAAGGGAUAAAAUAUAGCCUACUUACACAUAGUAGGCUAUAUUUUUAAUUUGAAUGGUGAAAGAGUUUAUUAGUUUUCGUAUUGAAUCGUGACAAAUUCUUUUUAUUGCAUUUGCACGUUUCGUAGAAGCCUUCGUUUGUACAUUGUCGAGGAAGCUAUUUUAACUUGAAUUUUCAAUUUAUCGUUAUGGUUUUCACUUUUUAUAUUAAAGCUCCCCGUGUGACCGAAGGCUUUAGGGUUGUUAAAACAAUUUUGUGUUUAGGUAAUUUAUUUUAAAGUAUCUUGCCCACCGAAUCCAUGUAAUAUAUUGGUCUGAUGAUACGCCGGGGACUAUCUUUGACGUAUCCUAGUUGACAUAUACGAAAUUGAGAUUCCAUGUAACAAAUGUCAUCCGGUGCUUACUGGUGGAUAUCAUACAGUAGGUAAAUGACAUUCUGUCUAAUGAUUUGAUGUUUAUUUUAAUAUGUGGAUAAUGAAGACCGUAAUAGUGAAUAGGCCAGCUAGACUAAUGUCUCUUGUCUAUUUAUUGUUAUCUGGAAGUUUCUAACUAAUUAUCACCAUUAUCUAAUACCAUUACCUGACGUUUCAAAAGUGCUUACAAACUAAGCCUGAUUGAAAUGUUGACUUUGACAUAAUAUCCUUUGGAAAAUACCAAUAAAAAUAAUUGUAGACUUGGACAAUAUGGAAACUUACCUACCAAAGCCUCCAUGGCCCCAAUCCCAUAGUUGCUGGACUUACCAAUGCUGAGACCUUAAACGCUACCCAUUACAAGUCCCGGUGUAUGAUUUUUUAAGUUAACGGUGGACUCAUGAGAAAUUUUUAUCUAUAAAAACAUUCGAAAUGGCGUCAAACCCAUUUUUAACAGUGAAUAAUUGAUUUAUUGUCAUCUUAAGAGUCCAUUAUUUACUGUUUAUAUUGUAUUUCUGUAAAACUAGUUUUUGUAAGAGUACCAACAUUAACAAAAUAUUGAAGAUUAGUGGUAUUUGAACGAUCGCCAUUUAGAAAUUUUUAAAAUGAUAUUGCAAUGCGACUGACAGAAAUAUAUCAAAAUGGCGACUGCUUUUCUUAGCCCAUCGCCAUCUUCACUUUUAAUUUGCUUUUAACCGCAAUAUUAACUAUUAUAAAAUUUAUUGUAAAUAAUAACUUGGAUUUCCAAUGUCUGCUUCCGUUUCAAUUGAUUUUUACUACAAAAGUGUAAUAAUAAAAUAAACAAAAUAAUAUAAAAAGCUGUCUUGGAAAAGGCUUUUUUGGUAACCAAAAAGGCUUUCUUUAAGACUUUCUAAAUAUCUCUCUGUUCUAAUUUAAGUAAAACAAUGUUUUUGUAAAAUUAUCAUUUUACGAACAGUGUUCUUUAUAAACUCAUCGACAUCAAAUAGACUAUUCAAAAUUGUUGUAACUAAACUGAAUUGAUAGUUCCUGUCAAUUUAGUUUUAAAUAUAUGUAUUGUGUAACCGAAUUAGAACCAAUAUAAUAUUAUCAGAAAACGAUCAACGCUCAGAAACUGUUGAGGACCUCGUAACUUUCUGGCUACUAUGUUCUAAAGAUAAAUAUUGAAUGGUGAUUGAUGAAUGAUUUUCUAUAAAUUUUUAGAGGAUUACAAAAAAUAUAUUAAUUUUUCUCUUGCUGAUUGUAAAAUGACAUAAGUGUUAUGACAUAAUUUUACACUCAGUGAGAUAUGUAUAAAAAGUUAUCAGAUGUUGCCAGUAUAAAUAAAAUGAAUACAUCCAAAUAUUGAAACGCCUGUCUGUUUAAAAAUUCAUUUUUAGGGUUCUGUAGUCAACAACAAACCUUUAUAGAUUCCCAGUGUGGAAUAUCGCUAUUGGUAUUUUUGUGGGUUUUUAGAGGAUUUAAGUGCUUAUUUAAUCUAUGAAACCCUACUCUGUAUAAUUUAUUUUAUAGAACAGUGGACGCUAAAACCUUUAACUACAGAUGUUCUAAAUCAAUGGCGUUUCAGUAUUCGGCCAUAAAAGUAGGAUAUCGAUACGAACUCGACUGAAAAGCUUUCUAUUUUAAGUGUCGCUUACUUCAGAGACUAAUUUGCAUUUUUUUUGUAAUAAUUUGUAGAGUUCCAAAGCCUGUUGGUUAGUAGGUACGUAUUGUCUAUGAAAAUAUUAUGUAGAUGGCGUCGAAUUGACAAAGUCGUGCUUUCUUUUUUCCAAUAUUUAUAAUUUAUUGUGAGGUUUGGAUGAAAAUAUUUACUUGCUUCGAUUAUUACAUUGAAUUACAUUCAAAAUUACACCUAUAAUUUAACGGAUUACAAUAUAUAUUGAUUGCACCCCAAUUUAUUGCGUCAAAUGGAGUACCGUAACUAAACUUAAUAUCAAUUAAAAAUCUUUAACGUGCUCGAAGCUGUGUAAAUUAAAAUAUGUAAUAGUCAAGAAUGGCAAAUAUUUUCAUCCAGUACCUACUUUGUUUCGAUUUUUCAUCAUUUUUACUGUUCUCUAAAUAUGUAUUUUCUAGAGAAUGAUGGACUUUUGAACUCUGCAACGCCGACGCUCUGAAUAAAGUUCCCAUAGACUAGGACUUCUAGUCUAACUCUAGGCUUAGGUGUAGAUAUGGUUUUUUAUAAGACAUGUAGGUAGUAUUUUCAAAUUCUCUAUGAUUGUAACGAAUACGGUAUGUUCUGUAAGAAUGCGGUAUAUACAAAAUUUAUCUCGAAAACAUUUUAGGCCCCCUUGUACCGAAUGUCAUUGCAAGAGAAAUAAAUCGUUGAUAAAAUUA